UUCAUCUGUCAGUUUUGUUUGAUUUCUUUCAAAGGUUUGGAAUUAACAUUCUUUUCUGGAGUAUAUGGGACAUGUAUUGGUGCUGUGAAUAGGUUUGGCAGUGAAGAGAAAAGCCUUAUUGGUCUCUCCGGUAUUUUUAUUGGUGUUGGAGAAAUUUUAGGUGGAGGUCUCUUUGGUUUAUUGAGCAAGAAUAAUCGCUUUGGCAGGAACCCUGUUGUGAUGCUAGGCAUCGUUGUCCAUUUCGUAGCCUUUUAUUUAAUUUUUUUCAACAUGCCAAAUGAUGCCCCUAUUGCUCCUAUGGAAGGGACAGAUCAUGUGGCUUAUAUGAUUCCAAGCAAAGAAGUGGCCAUAUUCUGCAGCUUUCUGCUGGGCCUGGGGGACAGCUGCUUUAACACCCAGCUCCUCAGCAUUUUAGGAUUCCUGUACGCAGAAGACAGCGCUCCUGCCUUUGCCAUCUUUAAGUUUGUUCAGUCCAUCUGUGCUGCAGUUGCGUAUUUCUACAGCAACUACCUCCUCCUGCAGUGGCAGCUCCUGAUCAUGGUGGUUGUGGGCUUCUUCGGGACAAUUACCUUCUUUGCAGUGGAGUGGGAAGCGGCAGCAGUUCUUGCUGCCCGUGGCUCGGACUACAGCAGCAUUUGA